AUGGGCAUGACAGAAGUGUCGGCAGCUGUCCUCGAAGUCACGGACAGUGACGAGAGUACAGACCUAGAGUUGGAUCUCUCGGAAUGGAUUGGCGUCGGAAAAGUCUACAAGGACGUCCCAUCGGCUCGUAAACGCGUAGCGGGAACAGAUACUUCGGUUUCAGUGCCCUACGACCAUAAACACCUCGCGGAAAUGGGCACUACCGCCGUAUUCAAUCCCAAUAUCGUCGACGCGAGCAUCCGUGAUGUGGCGCUUUGUUUAACGGUGAACCAAAAGGCGGACGUGCUCUUGAAUGCGCUCGGUCAUCUUCCUCAGGAUGGACCUUCUCGACCGGUCUUCGACAACGCGAUCCAGUCCUGCCUACAAAUCGCGACCCUGUCUCCGCAUUAUGUGGCCAGAGCACGGAUCAUGCGCGCACGGAGGCGGCUGAAUGCGGGCCUACAGCUAGCCGCUCAAGAAGAUCUCCAAGCGGCCUUGGCCGCUGAACCGGACAAUCCCGAAGCCAAGGCGUUGCUUCACCGCCGCUCCAUCUCCGUCGAGAAGCUCCUCGCCCCCCUCCCGACCUUGACCGCCCAGGCCCGCUUCUCCAACGAAAUCUGGCGCGAAAUAGCACUCUGGCUCCCGCGCCGCGAUCUCAAGACCCUCCUAUCCGUCCCGAACGCCCUGUCGCGGGUCGCGUCGCGUCUGCUCUUCCGCAGGCUCGAUCUGCAUUUGAGCGUCCCGCCCGAUCAUGACGCGGAUGCUGGGCCCGGCGCAGCGGCGCGACGGACGGCGGAUAUCCUGACGCGCAUCAUCGAGGACGCGUCGUUCUCGGGCUCGGUGCGCACGUUGUGUGUCUUUUCGUAUGCCACGGGCAAGGACGAGUCGAUGGCGUUCCAAAUAGGAAUGCUGUCGAAUGCGAUCUACCGACUGGUGAAUCUACGGAACGUGCACAUUUCUGGAUCGUCGGAAAACACGGUACCUUUGCUACGACUGCUGCAGCAGUCUUCACUGCGGAUUCGUGGGCUCUCGAUUGUAUGCCCAGAUGCGCCGGUGGAUCUGACCCACUUUGACUGCAAAACGUUGCAUUCGCUUUCCUAUUCGACGCGAGAGGGCAAUCCGACCUCAACAAACGCCUUUCUUGCGCAGAACCGCUCGCUGAGGACUGUGUCGCUGCACAACAUGUCCUGGGUCUUCCCGGUGGACUCGCUUUCGCUGCGUAAUUUGACGAGUAUCUCGUUCUCGGGCCACUUCCCGUCGGACAGCAAUGCGUUUGCGGUCAUCUUGAGCGACGCAAGGCAGCUGGACUCGCUCAGCCUGACCUGCACCAUCGAGUGUCUGCCGGCAAUUCAGUUCCGCCACGCCACCAGCGGCGGAGCCCUGCCCUUCCUCCGGUUCUUCUCGCUAACCGUCUCAGGGGCGGCCCGGAGACCGGGCAGCGCCGAUCUGUUCCCUGCCGUCGCCGAUUUCCUGCGCGCCCGAUCGGAGCUGGUGCAGCUCUCGCUCAUCGUGCGAGAGGAGGCCGACCAGCGCACGGCCGGCUUCGACGCCGCCGUCUGGGGCGUGCUGCCGACGCUGACCAAGCUGCGCACGCUCACGAUCACGUACCCGCGCGAUCUCGCCGCGGGGCUCGCUGCGUGGCUGAUCCCGCGCAGCGUGCGUGCACUGACGCUCGAUUUCGUGGCGGCGCCGAGGGACCCUGCGUCGUUCCUCGACCAGAUCCGGCCCGGUGUCCCGCCUCUGCUGCGCUACAUCGCGCUCCCGGAUCUCGGCUCCCGGUGUGCGCGCACGGUCGUCGAGCGCGGAUUCCCGACUGUGCGCGUGGUGCGGCUGGCUGGGGGGUCGUACUGGAAAGUGGAGGAUGGGAGACCGUCGGAGGUGUUUUUGAAAGGGCUCGGCGCUGUUAGAGAGUGGCUGGAAUGGAUCGGAUGCGAGGACGUCGUGCCAAGAGACUCGGGCGCGCAGUUUCUCUGA